AUGGACGCCCAGAUUGAGAAAGCAAUCGAAAUCGCAUGGGACCCUCGAUCUGACCAGAAUCUAAAAGAGCAAGCAGUUCAAUAUCUCACCCAAGUACGCGGCGACAGCUCGAGUCUACAGGCAUGCCUUAACCUCUUUACCAGAGAUCCCAAAGCUGCCGAAGUCGUGAGAUUGGUCUCGUUGGAUAUAGUCAACAAUGCGAUUCAAACUCAACAUAUAGACGAUCAAAGCUUGCGUGGGCUCAAGGAACAACUUCAUGACUAUGUCAGGAGAACAUAUGCUUCUGGAAACGAAGUCGAUCCUCCCGCUUUACAAAAUAAGCUCACACAAACCUUGACAUUCCUGUUCUCGUCAUUAUACAAGGAGGGCUGGGAAAGUUUCAUAAGGGAUUUCUUGAGCUUCACUGGCCAUCAAAACGGGACUGUUGAUAACCUCCCUGGAGUUGUAUUAUAUCUGCGACUUCUCAGUUCGAUCCAUGACGAGAUUGCCGAUUUGAUGAUAGUUAGGGCAGGAGGCGAGACAAAGCGAAAUGUUGAGUUGAAGGAUCUUGUGCGUGCUCGAGAUGUACAAAUAGUAGCAGGCUCUUUCCAACAUAUCCUCACAUACUGGCAAGGCAACAACGAUGCUAUUGUUGAAAUGACGUUAAAGGUUAUCGGAAAAUGGGUCUCCUGGAUCGAUAUCUCUUUGGUCGUGAACCAGGAUAUUUUGAACUUGUUAUUCCCAUUGGUUGGACGAAACCCCAACGGUGGUGAGGACAAAGUUAAGGAUGCCGCCAUCGACUGCUUUACAGAGAUUGUGGCAAAGAAAAUGAAACCUUCAGAUAAGAUAGGAAUGAUUUUGUUCUUGAACCUUGGAGAGGUUGUCUCGCAACUUAUUGCGAGCCCCGCCUUACAUGAUUUACGGAACACUUCUAGUUAUGACACCGAUCUUGCAGAAGCGGUUGCAAAACUUGUCAACAAUGUUGUCUCCGAUCUCGUUAAAAUCCUUGAAGAUACUAAAGUCGAACCCGAAGUACGGGCGCAAGCAGAGCAAUCGUUGCAAACUUUCCUUCCACUCCUACUCAGAUUCUUCUCGGAUGAAUACGACGAGAUAUGCGCAACUGUUAUACCAUCCCUUACAGAGCUCAACACGUUUUUGCGCAAAGCACAGCCAUUGCCACCCGCAUAUUCAGCCAUGUUGACACCUAUACUCAAUGCAAUAAUUCAGAAAAUGAGAUACGACGAUACUUCUUCCUAUGCCGAUGAGGAUGAAUUAACAGAUGAGGCGGAAUUUCAAGAGCUUCGAAAACGAUUACAGGUCCUUCAAAAGACUAUCGCUGCAGUUGACGAAGCUUUAUAUGUUGAUGUUUUGAGUAAUGUGAUCGGAAAUACGUUCCAGAGACUUGAUCAACAAAAUGGUCAAAUUGACUGGCGUGAUCUAGACCUUGCACUACACGAGAUGUACCUUUUUGGAGAACUUACACUCGUAAACGGCGGUCUUUAUGCCAAGAGCCAGCCAUCUAGUAUAGCAGCUGAACGUUUGAUCGUCAUGAUGUCCAAAAUGGUCGAAUCUGGCAUUGCUUCGUUCAAUCAUCCCGCCAUUUCCCUCCAGUAUAUGGAAAUUUGCGUCCGAUACUGUUCAUUUUUCGAAAACCAAACCCAAUAUAUUCCCCAGGUCCUCGAACAAUUCGUUGGUUUUGUGCACCAUAAUCAUUCACGAGUCAGGAUACGUUCGUGGUAUCUAUUCCACCGAUUCGUGAAACACUUGAGAGGUCAAGUUGGUAACGUUGCGGAGACUAUCAUCCAGUCGAUCAGUGAUCUCCUUCCUUUAAAGGCAGAAGUCCCUAAGGAAAGUGACGAUGAUAUGUCAUCAGAAGACGGCAGUCAUGACGCGGCAGACGUAGCAUUUAAUGCUCAACUUAAUCUUUAUGAGGCGAUCGGUUGCAUUUCUUCUACAACUUCGACUCCGAUAGAGAAGCAGGCUAUUUAUGCAAGGACAAUCAUGAAUCCUUUAUUCUCCGAUGUUCAGCGACAUUUAGAGCAAGCCAAGUCAGGCAAUGCACAGGCUGUUCUGCAAAUUCAUCACAUUAUUUUUGCCCUCGGAUCAUUAGCCCAUGGAUUUUCUGACUGGUCUCCCGGAGAAGGGAAACGGGCUGGACAAGCACCUGCAAAGGAAAUAACUAUUGAAUUCAGCCGCGCCGCGGAAGCAAUUUUGUUUGCACUUGAGGCACUUAAAUCUUCUUCUGAAAUCCGUAAUGCAGCAAGAUCUUCAUUCUCUAGACUUAUGGGAGUCAUGGGAGUUGCCAUGUUACCCCUCCUUCCAAGGUGGAUCGAUGGCUUGUUGACACAAAGUUCUUCGAAAGAAGAAAUAGGCAUGUUUUUACGAUUAUUGGAUCAAGUGGUGUUUGGAUUCAAAAAGGAUAUCCAUGAAGUUCUAAACUCCCUUCUCACACCGCUUUUCCAGCGAGUUUUUGCUAGCUUAAGUGAGCCAGUCACUGGAACAGAUGAUGGAAUUCAACUCGCGGAACUACGAAGGGAAUACUUGUCCUUUGUAACGGUUAUCCUAAAUAAUGAGCUCGGUUCUGUACUCGUCAGUGAGCAGAACCAAGCUUUCUUUGACCCUCUCGUUCAGUCAGUUACAACAUUGGCGAAAACCGUCACAAAUGAAACUGGAAAUCUUGCGGCCAGCAAAAUCGCCUUUAGUGUAAUGACAAAGAUGGCAGAGCUCUGGGGUGGCCCAACAAUCGCUACCCCCGGCCAACCUAUCACCUCAUCUGUCCAGCCGCAACCCACAUUUCCCGGAUUUGAUACCUUUCUAAUCGAACGUUUCCACCCAGUUUGUUGGGAGGUUCUUCGCGAGCCACACUUCAGACCGAUGGUUGAUGCGCAGUCCAAGAGCGUUUUGAAUGAAUUAGCGGGGUUGGAACAUGUUAUUUAUAUGAAGACGGGAAAUAUGUUUGUGGAGCAUUUACAAGGAAAUUUCUUUCCAAGUAUGGGUGUCGAUGGUAGCGGAUUUAUUAAGAGUAUGGUGGAGAGUCCAGAAAGGAAAGGGCUGGCGACAUUUUUGCAGAAUUGGCUAAAAGGAAGGGCUUAA